UCUUCAUUUGUGGGAAAAUGACUUUUCGAGAUAACAAAUAAGAGCCGCUUAUACGCUUCUCCACCCCUUUUCUUCACCCAACAAGAUGGAAGUCGCACCCACAUGAGAUCACCGUCGUCUCCAAUUUCACGGCUUUCUCCCCUCUCUUCUCCCUAGUGCAAAAAUUUCUAAGCUUUUGGUUUGAAGGUGUGACUAUAAACUGUGAAGUUACUUACAACUGUGGAAGCUUACAUGGUGUUAAGUAUCCUUUUUGGGGAGGUGGUAAGCGAAAGAGUAUGUGGCCGAGACGAUUACUUUCUUGAGUGCACAGAUAAUCUCUCCACUUUAAAAUCAAUUUUCACACACUGGCUUCGUCCCAUACCAGAGAGAUGUGUAUUUGGAUAUGAUAGGUGCACACGCUCAAGCCAUGGCUAAAAGAGUGUAAACAACACACUGGCUAUCAACCUUCAGAAUUUCGUGUACUGAAUAUUAAUGAAUCCUCAACUCGGAUGAGGAUUGUGCACAAUAAUCUUAUGUAUGGUGUUUGUCCAAAAUCUCCUUCCUUGUUCAAUCUCUACAAAUACAACACCACCUUAGUCAAUGGUCUCAGGUACGUCCCAGGAACUACAUUUAUAAACAUACACUAUGGCUGCAGUCCUGGUGUCCUGUCCAACGUACAGCUGUAGAGCAAUACUCUAACGCUGCAAGAUGCUUUGAAUGAGGGGUUUGAAGUGGAUUACAGUGAUGCCUCAGGUGGCUGUUUGGCAUGUCAGGAUUCAGGAGGUAAUUGAAUUUGAUCAAGAGUUCCGCUGUCGUUGUGGAGACACAACUCUUCCUUUUACUUGCCGAUAUAAUGGAAAGCCACCGACGUAUUUGUUGCAACCAAACAUUCAAUUUGCAAGAAAGAUUUAUUUACUCAAGCUGACAACAGGAAUUUCAGUUGCUGGAAUUGGGAUGUUAAUCUGCUUCGGGAUCUGGUACACGCAGUAUAGAAAGUCAUUCUACAAGUGCUUACGAUUAAUUAACGGCAAAACAGAAGAUCAGAGUCUAGAGGCUUUACUUAAGCAAUAUGGUUCUCUGGCACCAAGGAGAUACAGCUAUUGGGAAAUCAAGAAAAUGACACAUGGAUUCAAAGAUAAGCUUGGUGAAGGAGGUUAUGGAGUGGUCUACAAAGGUGAACUUUCUGAUGGCCGUGCAGUUGCAGUGAAGAUUUUAAAAGCAUCUAAAGGUGAUGGGGAAGAAUUUAUCAAUGAAGUUGCAAGCAUCAGCUAGACUUCUCAUGUCAAUGUCGUGUCUCUUUUAGGAUAUUGUCUUGAUGGGAGGAACAGAGCUCUUAUUUAUGACUUCAUGCUAAAUGGAUCCCUCGGGAAAUACAUAUAUGGCGAUGUUUCUCUCUUGGGGCUUCACAGGUUGUAUCAAAUUGCUGUAGGAAUUGCUAAAGGAUUGGAGUAUCUUCACCGUGGAUGCAACAAGAGAAUUUUGCAUUUUGACACAAAGCCUCAUAUCAUACUCCUGGAUGAGGAAUUUUGUCCUAAGAUAUCCGAUUUUGGUUUGGCAAAACUAUGCACCAGGAAAGAAAGCACUGUAUCCAUGUUAGGAGCACGAGGUACGAUUGGCUUCAUUGCUCCCGAAGUAAUUAGUAGGACCUUUGGACAGGUCUCACACAAGUCUGAUGUCUAUAGUCAUGGAAUGAUGGUUCUAGAAAUGGUCGGAG